AUGUCCCCGAACCAGUACGGUGGCGAGGACGAUUCGUACGAGAAAGAAAAGGCAGAGCAAGUGGAGCACAUUGACACAAUAGAUGCUGAAAAGGGACGUCUCCAGGAUGUCUCUGAGCUGAGUGGCAUUGAAGACACAGCGGCCUCGAAGGCCGCGUGGUUGAUCUCCAUAACCGUCUCAAUUGGUGGUCUUCUCUUCGGGUACGACACCGGCUAUAUUUCCUCGGUACUGGUGACCAUUGGAACGUCCCUCGGUCAUACCUUGAGCUCCAGUGAAGAGGAACUCGUCACUUCACUGACGAGCGGUGGUGCUUUGAUCGGCGCAGUCGGAGCUGGUCUGUCGGCCGAUCGCUUUGGUCGCCGCUGGCCCAUCUGGGGGGCCUGUAUUCUUUUUGUGCUCGGAACCGUGCUUCAGACAGCUUCUUAUUCUGUGCCUCAGUUUGCGGUCGGUCGAUUUGUUGUGGGCCUCGGCGUCGGCAGCGCUGCAUGGUGGUCCCCCUGUAUAGUACGUCCCUUCUCGUUAUUCACCUACACUGACUGGCAUACUAAUCGAUCGAUAGUCGGUGAAAUAGCCCCGGCCAAAUACCGUGGCCGUAUGGUGGCAUUCAACAACAUGAGCGUUACCUUUGGUCAGCUACUCGCGAGCGCGAUUGGAGCCGGCUUCGCACAGGUGGAGGGAGAAGCGUGGCGCGCAACCGUCGGGAUAGGAGCUGCACCGCCCCUGGCACUUGCUGCGCUCCUCUUCCUCUGUCCGGAGUCGCCUCGUCAGCUGGUCUCACGUGGUGACAAUGCAAGCGCAGAUGCUGUCCUCAGGCGCAUCUACCCACGGUCUACCGUGGAACAGCGCGAAGCCAAGAUCCGAUCGAUCGAGCUGUCGCUUCAGGAAGUAACGCAUGCGAUGUCCGAAGACACAAUUUGGGCGACGAUUAAACGGGUCUUCACGACGCCAUCAACGGGUCGUGCCGUCCUAACUGCAUGCGUCGUCAUGGCCAUCAGUCAAUUAGGAGGGUUCAACACGCUUAUGUAUUACGCGGCCAAGCUCUUCUCGAUCGUUGGAUUCAACAACCCCACAGCCGUCGGUAUCACUGUCUCAGGAACCAACUUUGUCUUCUCGGUCGUCAACCUCUUGGUUGUGGAUCGAUUUGGACGACGAAUUAUCCUGACCACUACCGUGCUUGGCAUGGCUAUAUGUAUGCUCAUCACCUCGGUCGCGUUCCACUAUAUUCCAGUGAACCUGCAAACGUUGGAAGUGGAAACCGAUAACGUUGGCUGGCCGGGAAUUGUAGUCCUGGUGACUAUCAUUUGUUAUGUUGCCUGCUAUUCGUCUGGCGUUGCGACCAUUGCGUGGAUUGGAACCGAGUUGAUUCCACUUGAAGUCCGAGCUAUCGGGACAAUGAUGAACACGGUUACUUGCUGGAGCACCAACAUUAUCAUCUCCUCCACCUUCUUAUCCAUGAUGAAGGGCAUCACGCCGAGCGGCGCGUUUGGAUUCUACACUGGCAUCUGCUUCACUGGCUGGGUGUUUGUCUUGUUCUUCUUCCCGGAAUGCAAGGGCAUGCCUCUGGAAGCCAUUCGUGAAGUCUUCAGCGAUGGCUUUGGUGUGGGCUACUCCAAGAAAUGGCAGAAGGAGCAUCGUGAUGAGGCCAAGGCUGCUACAGUCACCUCGUUUGGGCACUAA